UUAUUAGACAAAGAAAUUAUUGUUCUAAAUAAAUAAACAAAAAUCUAAAGCAAUCAUGAGUGUGACAGUAGACGACGAAGAAAAUUGUCGAAAGUAUGUCGAUAAUUACAAGACAUUAGAAGCAAUAAAAUAUUUAUACCAAAAAUAUCCACACAUAAUCUCACAUCUGAAGUAUGAAGUCAGACUAGCGGAUCGUGAAAAAGAUUAUUACUUUCCCGAUAAUUUGGAUCCAUAUCCAGCAAUUGUCGUAUCAACAAGAAUAGAUGAUAUAUUAUGUGGUUUGUUAUCAUGUAAUCUAUUUACCGACAAGGAAAAGUGUACAGCAUCUUCAAAAGCAACGCGUUAUCCAGUAGGUGACGCUGAUCUUAUUAAAACCGAUAAAAACAAAUGGUCCGGCCUUUCAUGUCAGCCAUCUUGUUAUAAUCUACUCAAAGAAAAUAACGGCGAUCAAAAAAAAAAUCCACUUACAUUAACUUAUCACAAAGAUCAAUGCGUUCUAAUAUCAUCGCAUGCUAAAUCAUAUAUGGAAUUUCCUAGUAAACGUGCAACAGUACCUGAACAUCGCAUUACUGAUAUUCCCGUUGGUUUCGACCGAGCCGAUGGCGAGCAUCCUUAUUCAUUGAGUGGCAUUAAAUAUCACUUCAAUAAAACGUAUUGUGAUUCAUUUUACGAUGAAUAUUGUUCAUCUAGACAAGUGUGUUACGUUCACUGGUCGAAAAGAUAUAUCGGUAAUAUUAUUCUCGGUGAAUACAUUAUUAAAUCAUGCCAAGCAUUAGAUAAUUAUGUACAUUAUGGCUCCGAUCUUCCGCCAUCUUCAAUGGAUACAAAAGAAGUUGAGAGUACAUCAUUAUUUGUACUCAAAAAUUGGUUAAACUAUGUUAAUGAUAAAUUUAUAUUACCGGAUGAAAAAAUCGAAGACCUUAUAGGAGCAUUGAAUGCCGGUAAGGUAGGAAGCGUUGAAAUCCAACCUGAAGAAUCGACGGUCAAAGAUCGUUCGCGGAUUGAACGUAAUAUAAAUAGCGAAGGCAGCCCGAAAUUAGAUUCCGAAAAACGUCUUAGGUUAGAACAAGAUGCUAAAUCGAUUCAUAAUAAAUCAGUACGGGUUAAAAGAAUGGCGGACCAGGAAUUUUGGCUUGUGACCCUAUUAAAAGCACUUGCUAAUAUGCCAGGAACACGAGAAUUUUGGGAGGGAGUUGGUUUAGAUAUGGUGUAUGGUAAGAUAAUUGAUAAGAUGAAGGAACGUGUGUUAAAUGCACUCACAAAAAUAAGUGAAGGAGCAUUAGAAAAUUUGGUUAAGACUGUAUUUAAACAAUCGGCACUACGUAUUACGGAAUCGAUUGCAUUUAAAGUAGCAUCUAAAUUAAUAAUUGGUCUUCUCAAAUUUGUUUCUCAAUUAUUAACUGUCGUUGGUAUACUAACAGCUGUGUUGGGAAUUUUCGACAUGCUUGUUGGAUUUGCUGAUCCGCUUAAAUUGAACAAUAAAUAUCCAGAUGAUUAUCUUGAUAAUUUUAUGUACAUGGCUGAACAUCGAACGCGACUGAGUUAUGAUAUGAUAAAACCGGUGUUGACAUUUGAUAUAUUGUCGCGAAUGCUGCUUAACGACGAAGAGACAUUUUCUUUAGAAAUUAACCUUAUUAAAUAUCAAUCUAAGUACUGGCAGAAUUUACAUGUUAAUUCUGAAGGAUCGGUUAUUAAUUGGGGAGAUAAGGUUAACAUGCAUGAAGAUGCUAACAUUAAUCUUGAUGACUUUGAUUUUAGUUUGUUACGAUUGUAUUCGCAGAAAGAUCUGUAUGAGUAUGAAAAAGAUCACAUGGAACGUAUCAAAGUUGUUGAUAAAAUUAAAAACAUUAAUUACUUAUGCGGAGGUGCUCUAAUUGUUUGUUUGGCACUGAAGUAUUUUAUAUUUGUUAUCAUUAUCGCUCUCACUAUAUGUUUGUUGAGUUAUGUACAAUAUUUAGCACUUGGUAUGGACGACAUAUCUGAUAUUACUUAUUACUUCUUAUAAUGACAUGUUUGCAUAUAUCGGGUAUCAAAAUUAACUCAACUAAUACUUGAUUUGAAAUAAUUGAAGAAUUACUAUUGAUGAAUUGAAAUUUUUUUUUAUUAA